GCGCGGCGGGCACCAGAUGUAAUAACUCAAAGGACACCGGUGGUUGAAAAACUCAACAGCCUUGACGUAUUUUCAGCCAAUAUUGGCCGAUUUUAGAUAGCGAUUUCGAAUAGCAAUGGAGAAUAGACUAGCGUUGACUGCUUGUUUGGUGUUGGUUGCAGUUGCAGUGCGAUGGGCUGUUUCUUUAAACCCAUAUUCAGGUGCAGGCAAGCCGCCUAUGUUUGGAGAUUAUGAAGCACAGAGGCACUGGAUGGAAAUCACCACAAACCUGCCCAUCAAACAAUGGUACUCCAACAGCACAGAGAAUGACCUGUUGUAUUGGGGGCUGGACUACCCGCCGCUCACUGCCUAUCACAGCUGGCUGUGCGGUGUAAUUGCCAACGAGACAGACCCGGACUGGGUAGCAUUGAAUUCUUCCCGAGGAUAUGAGAGCUACGAACACAAACUUUUUAUGAGGUACUCAGUCUUAGCCGUAGACGUCUUACUGUACAUCCCGGCGGUCGUGGCAUUCUGCGUCUGGGCCCUGCCUCACCAGUCAGAUGUCAACCAACUCAAGACUGCAGCUGCCUUCCUGCUGUACCCCGGACUGAUUAUCAUCGACCAUGGCCACUUCCAAUAUAACUGUGCUAGCCUUGGCUUUGCAUUGUGGGCUGUGGUUGCGCUGGCAACCAAUCAUGACCUCCUGGGGUCAAUCGCCUUCGUCUUGGCUCUGAACUACAAGCAGAUGGAACUGUACCACGCCCUGCCUUUCUUCUGCUGUUUGCUGGCAAGAUGUAUUUGGGAGACCAGGCUCCCUUUGCUGUAUCGGUUCUGGAAGCUAGUCCAGAUCGGUGUGGUUGUGAUUGCUACCUUUGCUCUGUGCUGGCUGCCGUUCUUAACAGACGUGGAAGUCUCCUUGCAGGUGCUACGUAGGCUCUUCCCCUUCGACAGAGGACUGUUUGAGGAUAAAGUAGCUAACUUCUGGUGCAGCAUCAACGUCCUUGUUAAAAUAAAGGAACAUCUAUCCCAGGAUGCAUUGGUCAAACUCUGCUUAGCAACCAACGGUGUAUGCUUACUACCACUGUCUAUUGACCUGUUAAGGGCCGGCACUAGAUCAGCAAACAGUAUAUUAAAAUUCCACUACGCCUUGAUUAAUAGUUCUUUAGUAUUCUUCCUGUUUUCCUAUCAAGUUCACGAGAAGAGCAUCCUUCUUGUUGCUUUACCUGUUUGUUGUCUACUUGAUCGUCAUCCGCUCCUUUGUUCCUGGUUUCUACUCAUAUCAACAUUCAGUAUGCUACCCCUUCUUAUCAAGGAUCAACUCCUCCUGCCCUACCUUAUCCUUUGCAUCAUGUUCCUCACUGUGGCCAAGAUGUCAUUCAGGGAAAAGUCAGCCAAAUUCAAACUUUUGUUUUUGUGCUCAAUACUAGGAGCCGCCAUCCUCAGCGUUGCCAGCGUUACGGUUCAGCCACCGGCCAGAUAUCCUGACCUUUUUGCCGUUCUCGUCUCGUUCUACGCCUGCGCCCACUUUCUUCUCUUCCUAAUCGUCUUCCAGAUCAUGCAGCUGACCACCGCAGUGGAAACGGACGUAGCCAACAAUGCGGCAUCGGGACACCACUCAAAACAGGGUACCGGGAAAAAGGGGAAACCAAAGCGCAAGGCACAAAAAGUUGAAUAGGCAUUUUUGUUUGUGUCACAAUUGUCUGUGAUUUUUGACGGCUUUUCACCCUCCUUUUGUUUGAUCAGUCACAGACAGUCAAAUAUUGAAUUCUGUUCCCUGCCAUGCCUUUUACAUAGUCACAAACAGUCAGAUUAUAUUUCAACAGGCACCGUGACUAGUCAUAUUCCAUCAACAGACAAAAGCAGGUGACUGGUAGGCACAGCUGGCUUAUCAAUCUCACACAGUCAAAGCAUAGCUAUAUCGGGUUUCAUAGCAAUCACAGCCAGUCAAUCUUGCUUUAUGAAGGCAAUGAGCAGGCAACUGUUAACACCAGUCACUUGAUUUAAUCUGAUUGCCAGCCAAAGAAGGAGAGUUAACUUUAAGAAAAGUUUCCUUCCUUAAAAAAAAAGAACCAGAAAGCCAUACUACUUAUAAUUAUAAUUUUAUUUUGUGUGUGUAGUUUUGCCAAAUUGGAUUUCACAGUGACUUACUUUUUAUUACGAAUCGGUACUCGGUAGUUUUGUUGUGCAUGCGGCAAUGAUGCACAUGAAAAUGUGCUUGAAUAUUGAUUGAAAUGCAGACUUGAAAAAUCCUGUAAGGAUUUAAAAAUUCUAUUGUCUGGUCCUCUUUUGUUCACAUCUUUUUUGAACAGCCUUUUCUUUUCUAAUUCAUUCCUUUCAAAAACUUGUUUGUUUGAGGUUCCUAAAUUCUAGAAGCUGGGCAUAUGUAUAAUUGUAAAUAAUUAUUCAAUACACUAUGGUGCUCUUAUGGAUAGGAUUUGUUUUUUGCAUUCAUUAGCUUGAUUUAAAGGGAAAAUACAACAUUUGCAAACAUCAAAAAAUAAAACUACCAAAUCAUUUUGAAAUACCUUGCUGGACUGUUAGUG